CAUUCUUCUCCGACAUCAAGAUUUCUCAACUCCUUCAUUUUCUACUUCCCAAUUUUCGUCCAUCACCGUCUUCGAUUUCCCUCACAAUUUAGGGUUUUAAAAACUCCGAUGAAGGAUUCGAGUUCUAGGGUUUCCGAUUGACUGUAGCCGGUUGUAUAUUCCGUUGAUUCGCGCACUUUAAGUUUUCACAAUGAGCGCAGUGAACAUUACGAACGUGACGGUGUUGGAUAAUCCGGCGUCAUUUCUCACGCCUUUCCAGUUUGAAAUCUCGUACGAGUGUGUUUCGCCUCUCAAAGAAGAUCUGGAAUGGAAACUGAUCUAUGUUGGAUCAGCUGAGGAUGAAACAUACGAUCAGCUCUUAGAAAGUGUACUCGUGGGACCCGUCAACAUUGGAAAUUACCGUUUUGUUUUUCAGGCGGACCCACCGGACCCAUCAAAGAUCCGUGAAGAAGAUAUAAUCGGAGUGACUGUGCUUUUGCUGAUGUGUUCAUACGUGGGGCAAGAAUUUGUGAGAGUGGGUUAUUAUGUGAAUAAUGAUUAUGAUGAUGAAAAGCUAAGAGAGGAGCCUCCACAAAAAGUGAUGAUUGAUAAGGUUCAAAGAAAUAUAUUGACGGAUAAGCCGAGGGUUACGAAGUUUCCGAUCAAUUUUCACCCUGAGAAUGAAAACACUGAGAGCGGUGAGCAAGUGGAGCCGCCAGAGGGAGGUGAAAGUAGCCAACAACCACCACCCGGUGAAGGUGGUGGUGAUGGCGAAGAUAAGUCGGCACCCUAGUUGUUCGAUGGUUGUUAAGAUGGAAAUGGUAGUGUGUUUUGGUUGUUAGGGUUUGUUGCUUAGUGUAAAACUAUGGUUAAGAUGAAAAAGGUGUUUGUGAA